AUGGUACACACUCCUGAUGACAUAGCGAAUACAAUCCUGAAGGUCGCUCCUAUCCAGAUCCCAAAUGACGAUACAGAUUCCCUGGGCAAUAAAGAGUUGCAUGUCAACAGUUAUGCACAUCCGUUUGUGCAGCAAAGCAGCUUUAGUAAUGGUGGCCACUCAAAGAGCACACCCAUUAAUAUUGCCUCCCAUAAAAAUCAGAACUCUGCCUUCGGUUCGUCACUCGCAACUGAGAGGUUUUUAAACAGUUCACACACAUCCUAUUCGUCAUACACUAACCCGCUUACGCAUCACAAGGCACUAGAACCUAGCUCAUUUACCAGUGAUAAUUCAAAAUCGAGUUUUAUUGGCUCGCUACAGAGUAACCAUAGUUUCCAAAAAAAUGAAAUCCCUGAUAAUGCAUCCAGUACGGCUAAUAGUAACAACACUAAUACCAAUACUAAUAUCAUCACUAAUAAUAACAACAUCGAUAAUAUCAUCAACAAUAGUAAUUAUAAUAAUAAACUAGCGAUAACUGCAGGGCAGUAUAUCGACACAAACGCUACUACCACACCAGAACACAGUUUCCAGAAUGACCCAUUUCAUACAAAUACAACGGAUGGAGACGGUCUGGAAAAUACAUAUUACAUUAAUCAAAACACUAAUGACCAACCACACGCUCCACAAGAAACAAAUUGUCCAAAGCGUUACGAAAGUAUCAGCAUAGCUACCCUUCCUAUUGACGAUAUACUGCAGAUGCUAACUGCUUUGUUAGAUAAAAUCGUUAGUUCAAAUGAUGAAUUAAAUAAUGGUGGUCCCCCCGCUGGCUGUGAGGACAAACAACAAGACCACGAUACAAUAAAUGCAAUCACAAGUUUCUACGGUAAGCACGUCCCACAGAUAACUAUAGAACAAUACCUAUUAAGAAUUCAAAAGUACUGUCCCACUACAAAUGACAUAUUUCUAUCCUUACUUGUAUUCUUCGACAGAAUCUCCAAGAAGUUCAACAUUCACCAGCAGAAGCAACAGUCGAAUGUGUCUGAUAGCGAUGAGCAAGCACCACAUCAAACUUUUGUCAUGGAUUCAUACAAUAUACACAGAUUGUUAAUUGCCGGGGUGACCGUCAGCACAAAAUUCUUUAGCGAUUUCUUUUACAGUAACGCUCGUUACGCAAGAGUGGGUGGUAUAUCAUUACAGGAAAUGAACCACUUAGAAUUACAGUUUUUGAUUUUGUGCGACUUUAAACUGUUGAUACCUAUCGAUGAGCUGCAAAGAUACGCAGAAUUGCUCUACCGAUUCUGGGACAGUAAUCAGAAACCAGCCACGUGGCCAACCUGA